CUUUUUUAACCUCUUUAUCGUGGUCACACUGAGGGCGCACAAGGAAAUUCUUCAGACAAAAACUGAAGUUCUUUCACUCUCCGUCCCUCCUCUCCGUCUCCUCGCUCCCUCCGCUCUUCCCCUCAUGCAGCCACGACGGGGCUCCAGCGGGACGCAGAAGCAGAGCUGCAGCUGAAGGACUGAGCUGUGGCACAGACAGGAGCGGACUGGACCUGAAGACGCUGUGCCUGCACAGAUGAGGACGGUCCUGCACACUCUGUGAAUGGACUCCAGAUAAAGCGAUUCUGGAUCGUGUUGUCGUUUGCGACAGUCUCUUUACAAAUGACAACUUUAAGUUUGAAAGCCACAUAAACUAGCUCAUCAUGCUUUUGAAGUCAGGACUAUUCUUCAUUUUGUGUCUGUUUACCCUCCAAGCAAGUCGAAUCAAAGACCUACACGAUCACGGUUUUUCCGGCCUCAGGGAUGUGAAGUACAGACACUUUCUAGAAGCCUCCCGGCCGAUCAGACACACCACAAAUGUCAGAGCGGAGCGGGACGGACACCGGACGAAGAGGUCGGCGCUCUUCACCACGGGGGUCAAACUGUGUCCCCAGGAGACGGUGAAAGCGGUCAUCGGCAGCCAUCGGGCGUAUUACAAGCUCAGAGUCUGUCAGGAAGUGAUAUGGGAAGCGUUUCGGAUCUUCUUGGACAGAGUCCCAAACUCAGAGGAGUACAGCGCCUGGCUUCAUACCUGCCAGCAUGAAAACCUCUGCAUGGACGACCUGGCCCAGAACUUCAGUAGCUCUCAGGAGCAUCUGGACAUGGUGGCCGAAAAAGUAGCCGAGCAAGAUGAAAGUGAAGGGCUUGUGGCUGGAUUCACAGAGGCAGGAAGGGAUUGCACCUGGACACCCCCAACGAUUCUGCUACCGACAGAGAGUGAAGUGAUUCGAGAAGACCACAACAUGAUUAAAGAGAACUAUGAGGAGUACGUUGUCGAGUUCAGAGUCACCAUCGUCGACCCGACGUACAGCAAGCUGUUCACUGACCCGACGGCGAAGUACAGUGACAUCGAACGAGAGCUCACAGAAAGGAUGGUUCGUGUGUUUGAAAAAGUUCCAGGAUUCAAAGAGAUUCGGGUCCUCGGAUUCCGCUCAGAGGACGUGUCUGUGCGAUACGCCGUCGUCUUUAAUGGAGAAACGGAGCUCAACGAUGAACCCGGCGGUCUUGAGGGGCUUGAGAAGGACAAUGAUGUAUAUGCCCCUAAACUGAAGCACAUUAUCGUUAAGGCCUUAAAACAGGAUCUGUCCCUCCCGCUGGACAUACAGACACUGAGCUUCGAGACGGGAACCGCGGUGUAUCCGGUGGCCGAGCUCGGCAUGAACCCCGUGGAGGCGCCCGAGGACGACGCCACGCAGGCGCCAACGGCGGAUUUGGAGAACUCUUUGGAAGCUUUUGGAACCAAACCAGAAACACACACGUUUGUGCCUUUCAUACCAAACGUCGUCCCAGAGAUGAUUUCCACCGUCACCGACCAGACUCCUUUAGUUUCGUCGGUAGAGGAGGAAUCCACAGAAGGUGGUGAGUCUGGAGACAUUAAAAAACCAGAAGCAAAAGUGGAAACAGUCACAAGGCGGGAAGAGGAAGCAGAGCCGGAGCUGGGGGAGACGUCGGCAUCCGAUGGCGGAGAACCUGAACCAGAGGAUGAGGUCACCGAGGAACGUCCAACGCAACAGAAUGAGGACCAUCCUUUAGCGGCCCCCGACUCCAAACCAGAAGAAGCACUCACCGAUGCAGCUAUCGAGGUUAACUUGGACUCACCAGGGUCCGCAGAUCCCCCCGUUACCGAAUUGUCUGUGGUGGAAGCAAAAGUCCCAAUCCCCACAACAUCAUCUCACGAGGAGUUGUUCCAAGGCCUUGAACCAGCGUCAGGUGGGAGUGUGAGUGGACCCUCCGAGGACAGGGACGAGUCGAGUGGAGGGCCCAGCGGAGCGGCCCCGGUUUCAACGGGCUCGCCCCCUGAGAACAUUCAAGAUGAUACGAGCUCAACUGUGAACGGGGUCCAGGUGGAAGUGACGGAGCCUCUGGGAGACGAGAGCGGCAGCGGAUUUCCCUCCGGGUUCGACGAACGCCCGGCUGAAUCCACUGCUGCACCGGCUAUGAGACAAGUCAGCACCCCUGUGAUGACCGCAGUGGAUAAGGGGAAAGAAUUGGUGGUUUUCUUUAGCUUGAGGGUCACUAACAUGAUGUUUUCUGAUGGCCUGUUCAACAAGAGCUCCCAAGAGUAUAAAUCACUGGAGAAUACCUUUCUUGAGCUGACACAGCACUCUGGGUCCAGACACUCGCCAAAUCCUGGAGCUUCCAGUAAAUCUGGGCCUGGGAGGCAGAAGACUUUAGCUUCCAUACCGCUUCUGCCAUACCUCCAAUCCAAUUUGACUGGAUUCAAGCAGCUGGAGAUCCUCAACUUCAGGAACGGCAGCGUUGUGGUGAACAGCAAAAUGAAACUGGACAAGCCGGUACCUUAUAACGUCACAGAAGCAGUUCACUGCGUGCUGGAAGAUUUCUGCAACGCAGCUUCCAAACGUCUCGACAUCGAGAUCGACAGUCGCUCUUUGGAAGUGGAACCAGGUGACCACGCGGACUCCUGUAGGUUCCUGGCCUGCAACGAGUUUUCUCGCUGCGUUGUGAACAGCUGGACCCAGGAGGCAGAGUGUUUGUGUGAGCCGGGUUACAGCGCCGUGGACGGGCUGCCGUGUCAGAGCACCUGCGCUCUGCAGCCGGACUACUGCCUGAACGGGGGCAUAUGUGAGAUAAUCCCGGGGCACGGAGCCGCCUGCAGAUGUCCUGUAGGUAAAUUCUGGCACUACCACGGAGAGCGCUGCAACGAGCUGGUGUCGAUGCCGGUGGAGCCUCCGCUCAUUGUAACCUGCCUGUUGGGAAGCCUCUGCUUCGUUUUUGCCCUCAUCGGCAUUCUGAUGUUCGUUAACAAGAAAUGUAUUAAGACCAGAAAGGCGAUCACGUUGGUGCCUACCCUUGCUCCCUAUGCCUUUGAGAAUACUUUGAGGGUCAACCCCGUGUUUGAGAAUGAUGAUGGUGUCUUAACUCAAGUGUCCACAUUGCCAUACCCUUCAAGCUCUUCUUCUUCCCAAUCCCAACAGUCUGAACAAGAACAUUUUGCCUCAAUUGAAAAUAUACAUCUGAGUAUUGAGAUCCCCCGACAACUCUACACAACCAGAUCAGAAAAGUUAGUCUCAGAAAUGGUGGACUUCCAUCAGUGCAUACCACACAAUGAGCUCUAUGAUGCGUGCAAAGACGUGGCGACCGCAAACUGAAUACAGAACGUGCCGUCUUUUAAGGGCAUCAGAUAACGAAUGUUUUGAAGUCAGCGCUCUUUGAUGGGACCUUGCUUGUCAGCGGAGCAGCUGACACAGUGACACAGCGCAUAACAGGAGGUAGCAGAGACUGUGUUUAACUUUAAAUGGAAGCGAUGGUAGGCCAGUCAAAAAGGUGUUUAACGUGUUGAAAUUAAUUGUUAUUCAUAGUGAUCAAAGCGUCUUGUUAGACAGUGAGCUAUGGAUAUUUAAGUGGAAACUAAUAUUUAUUCUAUAUAUUGAAUGGUAGGAACAUUUCCUGGUUAGUCUUCGCAAAAGGAUGUUCUUUCCUCACAAUGAGGUAUUUAUUAUUUACAACUUGAUACACUCGGUGGUAUCUUGAAUUUAGACUGUAAAAGCUAUAUUUUAACCUUAUACCCCAAAAAGAGAAUGAAUGUAAAGGUCUGUUGAUUUAGGUCAUGACACAUUCAUUGUUCAUAUAAACAUUGGUUGCUGAGCUGUAUCUGUCCUAUUCAAAAUAAUCUUCCAACUAAUCAUUUCUGUUUUGAUUUUUUUUUACACAUUUUGCAUUUAAAAGCAAAAAAUAAAAUGUUCUUUUGCAUACA